AUCACAGUCGCCAUACUUUCGUAUUUCUUUUACGCAUGCGUGUGGCGGUUGCAUUUAGCUAACCAGAAGCAUCAUUUUAAAACAUGUCCGAGAAAGGAGAAGUGGAUUUAACUGGUGCCAAGCAGAACACGGGUGUGUGGCUUGUAAAGGUGCCCAAAUACCUCUCUCAGCAAUGGGCAAAAGCGACUGGCAGAGGCGAGGUCGGGAAACUCCGAAUCUGCAAGAAAGGAAACCAAGGAAAAGCAGAGGUGUCUUUCACUUUGAACGAAGAGCUGACUGUGAUUGAGGGUAUAGAAGACAAGACGGUGUCUGCGCCUCGCGAGCACCCGUUCACUAUGCAGACAGUGGGAGGUCAGACGUUGGCGGUCUUCACAGAAACUUCAUCAGGCCAGUUAGAAGAAAGAUCUGAUGGCAGCAGCUCAGUUUCGGGGGCGGGGGCAGGUCCAGAUAAAAUAGCCUUGGAGGGAGUGGUAGUGCAGAGAGCAGAGUGCAGACCCGCUGUUAGCGAAGGCUAUAUGAGGCUGAAAAGGUUACAAAUUGAAGAGUUGGCCAAGCCAGUCAGGCUGUCACAACAGCUGGACAAAGCUGUCACCAGCAACUACAAACCUGUGGCCAACCAUAAUUACAAUCUUGAGUAUGAGCGGAAAAAGAAGGAGGAGGGCAAGAGAGCAAGAGCUGACAAACAGCAGGUGUUGGACAUGUUGUUCUCUGCUUUUGAGAAGCACCAGUACUACAACAUCAAAGAUCUGGUGGAUAUCACCAAACAGCCUGUGAUUUACUUGAAGGAAAUCUUGCGUGAUAUCGGCAUCUACAACGUGAAGGGAACACACAAGAAUACCUGGGAGCUCAAACCAGAAUACCGACAUUACCAAGGGGAUGAAAAGAUUGACGAAUAGUUUCUGACCUUCCCAAGGCCGAUACACAACCUUUUUAAUUUGAUAAGGGGGGAACCAGGCCUUGGAGCGCUCUCCUGAUUUCCUUACAUCAGGUCUUGAAACACACUGGAUGAGGUCAAGCAACGGUUGCGUUUUACAGGGAGAAGUUGUAUCUUGUUAUUUUGUAGGAGACGAGAAGGGGGCAUUGGAAAACUGAAGUUUUGUUCCUGGUAUUUCCUGUCACAGCUCCAGGUCACAGGCCCCAGUAUUAGAAUUUGUCCUAUCCAUCAGAGGCACAGGACAUAGCAUUUUAUGCAUUUGUAAACUCGUUCUUAGCAUUAUUUUUUAAUGUUUUUUUGAAGUUUUCUAGACUUUUUGAAAUUAUGCGUUCUUGAAAAAUAAGGUUUCUGCACCACAACUUGGAAAAACAAUUUCAGCCUGAACUUGCAUUAACAUUUAAGAUUUGUGCCAUUGCUGUACUUUGUCAGGUGCUGUAAACCGUUUUACAUUUGACUUAUGCAAUAAAUGUUUAAAUAAAUGU